AUGACGAUUAUCCUGUAUAGCUCAGGGUCAUCGGUGACAGCAUAUGCCCUUGACCCCAGUGGUGUCUUUACCCGUCGCCAGACCUUCACAUAUAAGCUGGACGGUCCUGGUACGGAUCCCGACCGGCAGGAUGCACCACACCCCCACGGUGUAGUCCUUGACCCCACAGGUCAAUUCAUUCUGGUUCCUGAUUUAGGAGCCGACCUCGUACGCAUCUUCCGCAUCAACCCUUCAUCGGGGUUGUUGGAGCCGCAGACACCUUUGGCUGUGUCUCCAGGAUCUGGCCCCAGACACGGCACAUUCUGGACGCCCAAAGGCGCACGUCCCGGCCGAGCUAUCGACACUCGGUUUUAUUUGGCAUCGGAGCUUAACAGCCAUUUGACGGGAUACAAAGUUCACUAUCCCAAGAAUGGUACGAUCGCUUUUGAGAAGUUCUUCGAGACUACCACGUAUGGUGGACCGGAGCUGCCAAGCGGUGCUACUGCUGCAGAAAUCGCGAUCUCGGUGGGUCCCUUUCUUGCAACUCAGUAUAUCCUCUAA